AUAAGGGCAGGGUGAUAAUUAGGUCUUUAUUGUAACAUACAUAUAAGUACCUAAUCUCACAGACUAAUGUUAAAAUCUGUUAAUAUUCUACGAAACUUAUCAUUGUUAUCGCACUUUCCUAAUAGAAACCAAUUAUUGUGCAGAACUACAUUUGUGGUCAAUAUACAAACGAUGAUUACUGGAAAUAAAAUACCUACAGUGGACAUAGACCCAACUGGAGUAUUCAAGUAUAUAUUACUGAACGUUUAUGACGGACAGAAGGAUGCUGCUAAUCCACAGAUGGUCAUUGUGAGAGGAUACCAACGGUGUAAUUAUCACUCUGAUAUUUAUGAUGAAGUGCAGGAAAAACUGACACCUCUGGAGUGUGAACCUUUAGGAGGAGGAAGAAUAUCUCAUGACCCAGACAAUAAAAAAAUUCAUAUCUAUGGUUAUUCACAAGGUUAUGGUAAAGCUGACCAUGAAAUUGCAGCAAAGAUCAUCAAAGAUGCGUUCCCUGGAUACACAAUAUCAGUCAGUGAUGAAGGGUACUGAAAUUGCAAAAAAAGUAAUUUUUAGUCCGUAUUCCUACUACUCAUUUGUCUUUUAAAUGAAAAAUUGAAAUAUAGUUUUACCAUUCU